AGUAUAGUCACUGUAGUUCGAUCUAAUCCUCAUCCUCCUCUCUUUAGAGAUGGAGUAGAAGAAGAGGAAGAAGUGACUGACGUUGGUCGUCCACGACAGGCCUAAAGCUACAACUUCAAAAGUAAACAAAGUAACAUAAUGUUAUGAAUUUGCUGUUGUUUUUCUAUCAUUUCCGUUAUUACCUUAAGUGAUCGGUAUUUGGUUUCUAUUUGCUUCCUUCAAAUCUAUUAUCAUAGUGAUUGCAUUAUGAUCUGUAUAAACUUACACUUACACACAAGUACUAAAGCCAUCUUAGCAUAAGCUUUUUAUAAUAGCAGUAUGAUGGAGAAUAUUCAACCUUUGCAAUUAGAAGAGGAUAAAGACUAUAGUACUACACUGUAUCGUAUUGAAAAAGGUUGGACGAUUCGGUUUGCAUUGGGAUCCAGUCUGCAAGGUAUAGAUGUUCAACUAUUUUGCAACCAUCCAACAACAUCUGAAGUUGAAUUUGAUGAGAAAAAGUAUAAUGAAUUGUCAUGGUUAACACAGACCGAAUAUUCAUUAGAUUUAGUUGACUUAUACUCCGAUCUAAAAAUACACAAAGCUGGUGUAUUUAAGUUCUAUUUGCAAAAGAAUUUACAUGGCAAAAAAACUUGCAUCUGCCAAGGGACUUUUAUUGUUGAUCCUGUCCUGAAACUUAAUUGCAAUCAGUUGCACUUGGAUAGUAUAAUUUUGCAAACGGUGUUGACAAAAUGUCUUGGUCCAUUUUCUCAGUGGAAAAAACGGCUUCAAGUUGCGUACGAAACAGGAUACAAUAUGAUUCAUUUCACCCCAAUACAAGAGCUAGGUUCAUCAAACUCGUCGUAUUCUUUGAAAGAUCAUAUGAAGUUUGGUCCAUCGUUUUCUGAUGGUGAAGCUGAGUUAACAGAAACUGCCUUAAAAAAGUUCAUCAACAAAAUACGUCAAGAAUGGAACAUGCUCUCCAUAAUAGAUGUAGUAUGGAAUCAUUGCGCCAACAAUUGUGAAUGGAUUUUAAAGCAUCCCAACGCUGCCUACAAUUUAAAAAAUUCACCCCAUUUACGUCCUGCCUUUCUUGUUGAUCGCACAUUGUGGUAUCUAAACAAAGACAUAAUGAAGGGUAAACUUAUAAACAAUGGCAUAUUAAAAUCCAUAACAACAGAACAAGAGAUUGAUUUUAUUAGAAUCGCACUUAGGAAACGUUUGAAAUUAUUAAGGCUUUGUGAAUUUUUUCAAGUUGAUCUCAAAAGUGAACUACAAAAGUUUAUGGAUGCUGAUGAGACAUUUAUGAAGAAAGAAGCUACACCAAAGAUUAUUCAAGAUCCUAGUUAUAGAAGAUUUGGUUGCCAUGUCAAUAUUGAUGAAAUUGCACAUUUGUGUUACAUGGAAAGUAAUGGAAUUCCAACAGACAAAGAUACUGCCUGUAGAAAUUUCCAAAAAAUUAUUGAAAAAUUAAAUGUUGAAAAAGCAACAUAUGUUGCCAAACUUGAAGAAAAGAUAAUUCAUAAUACGGCAGGUCAUAUUAGGUAUCACUUUCUGGAUGAUAAUGGACCUAAGUAUGGUUGUGUAACAAAGGAACAUUCAAUAGCCACAAGAUACUUCUCAUACCCUUUCAAAGACACAUCAAUAAAAAACGAUGCAUUGCUAGUAGAUAAUGGCGAUGCGGCUCUCAUUAUGGCUCAUAAUGGUUGGGUUAUGGGUGGGGAUGCGUUGAAGAACUUUGCUGAGUCUGAUUCCAGUGUUUAUCUAUGCCGUGAGUUAGUGGCUUGGGGAGAUAGCAUUAAGUUGCGAUAUGGAUUGAAGCCGGAUGAUUCUCCCUACUUGUGGAAUUUAAUGAAAGAGUACACAGAGCAAAUGGCAAGAAUAUUUCAUGGUUUUCGAUUGGAUAAUUGUCAUGGCACACCCAUUCAUGUUGCUGAGUAUCUUGUCUCAUGUGCAAGGGCCAUCAACCCAGAUUUAUAUGUGAUUGCUGAGUUGUUUACUAACAGUGAAGAAUUAGAUAAUACAUUUAUCAACAGACUGGGAAUUAACUCACUUAUUAGAGAAAAUAUGGGUGCUAGUAGUCCACGUGAUUUAGGUAGGCACGUGCAUCGAUUUGGUGGUGAUGCAGUUGGGUCAUUUUUGAAAACAUCAUCCCAACCACUCCGUCCUUCAAUGGCUCAUGCUAUUUUUAUGGAUGUUACCCAUGACAACCCUUCGUUGUUUGAGUCUCGCACCGUGUUUGAUAUUUUACCAAGUGCUGCGUUAGUCUUGGCAACAGCAUCUGGUGCAGGAAGUAGUCGGGGUUAUGAUGAAUUGGUGCCACAUCAUAUACAUGUUGUGGCGGAGAACAGGUUAUACCAAUCUUGGUCUCCUUCUUCAUCAUGCAAUGGUUAUGUGUCAAUGAACCAAGGAAUACUAUAUGCUAAAAAGGUUUUAAAUAAACUUCAUCAGGACAUGAGAAGUAAUGGCUUCACUCAGAUAUACGUUGACCAAGCAACUGAAGAAAUAGCUUUCGUAACCCGACACGCACCACAUUCACAUGAAAGCUACGUCAUUGUAGCACAUUCUGCUUUUUCUACUCCUGCUGCAAAAAAUUAUCCAAGUAAAGCGAAUGCUAGUUGCAAUAUACAAGUUCCACCAUUAAAGUUAGAAGGUACAUUGGACAAGAUAGUUUUUGAGGCACAGCUACUUGAUGUGGGGAAGACAAAGUUUGUCCGCAAUGCUGAAUUUAUCAAUGGUAGCAUGGAAUAUGAAUUGCAAAUGCAGGAGAACAUUCCCAUUGAGCAAUCUAAGCUUGUUGUAUUGUCUGGCAUUGAUGGACACCAAGAAAUCAAUUUUAAACAUUUUUUGCCUGGUAGUGUUGUUAUUGUUAAAGUGUUGCCGACCCCAAAAGUGAAGAAGUCUGUGCAGUCUUUAAGACAUGUUUUGUCUUUAUUCUCACGUCCAAAUUAUCAUAUUCUAAACGAUACUACAGAAAGGUUCAACAUUGAACCAGUGGAUAGGAUAAUUUCCAAGCUUUCAUUAGCCGACUUGAAUCGUGUAUUAUAUCGAUGCAGCAAUGAAGAACAGGAUGAUGGAAAUGGUGGCGGUGCGUAUAACAUUCCACGGUAUGGCGAUGUCGUCUAUUGUGGUACUCAAGGUUUUAUGUCUAUCUUAUCAACUGUUCGUCAACACAAUGACCUUGGUCAUCCCAUAUGUGACAAUCUGCGUGCUGGAGACUGGAUGACAGGGUAUAUUGCAAACCGAUUGAUGUAUUAUGAUUCAACAAAACCACUCGGUUUAUGGUUAGCUUCAGUGUUUCAAUAUUUAAAAGAUUUGCCUCGCUAUCUCAUUCCGUGUUACUUUGAGGCGAUUUUAACAGGCGUACAUGUAAGUUGUUUGGAACAAGUUUUCAAUCUGAUGUCAAAAUUCAUUCAAGAUGGAGACAGUCUUGUUAAAUCUUUAUCACUUGGUUCAGUUCAAAUGUGUGGUGUAACAAACUCAUCCAAACUUCCGGCAGUUUCCAAAUCAGUUACAAACUCCAGUGAUCAGUAUCUGACCAUGGCAGCUGGCUUGCCACAUUUUUCAACCGGAUUCAUGAGGUGUUGGGGUCGUGAUACUUUUAUAGCUUUGCGGGGGUUGUUACUUGUGACGGGAAGAUUUAAUGAAGCGAGAAACCUAAUUUUAUCGUUUGGUGGCUGCAUGAGACAUGGUCUUAUUCCCAACUUAUUAGCUGAAGGGAUUAACGCCCGAUAUAACGCCCGUGACGCCACUUGGUUUUGGUUGCAAGCUGUUCAAGAUUAUUCAACCAUGAAGAAGGACGGGCAUAUGAUUUUGAAUGCUCAUGUUGUUCGAAUGUAUCCCACGGAUGAUGCUGAAGCGCAAGUGGGAAUAGCACAGGAAGUUCCAUUGCAAGAUAUCGUACAAGAAAUUUUAGAGCGCCAUUUUCAAGGUUUCGCUUUUCGCGAGCGUAAUGCUGGCGAAUCGCUCGAUCGCGACAUGAGUAGCGAUGGUUUUGUACAGUCCGCUGGAGUCGAUCUACAAACAGGUUUUGUUUACGGUGGGAGUAAAGAAAACUGUGGAACGUGGAUGGAUAAGAUGGGAAGUUCUGUUUUGGCUGAAAACAAAGGUCAUCCUGCAACUCCCAGAGAUGGAAGUGCCGUCGAGUUGGUAGGCUUAUGCAAGUCCACUCUAAGAUGGUUGAUUGCAAUGCACGACAAAGGGUUUUAUAAGUAUAAAGAAGUCACAAGAAAAAGUCAUUCAGGUGAGUUGAUGACGUGGACAUAUAAAGAAUGGGACAAAAAGAUUUAUGAGAACUUCGAGAAUAAGUUUUUUGUUGGUGAAGGAGACUCUGCUGACGUCGACAAAAAUUUGGUCCACAAAAGAAACAUAUAUAAAGAUAGUUAUAAAUCAACGAAUGGAUUUACAGAUUACCAGUUGAGACCAAACGUGCCGAUUGCGAUGUGUGUGGCUCCUGAAUUAUUCAACGUAAAGCACGCGUGUGCGGCUUUACAACAGAUUGAAACUCAUUUACUUGCGCCCAUGGGAUUAGCUACGCUCGAUCCGGAUGACUGGAAUUAUGAUGGUUUUUACGAGAACGAUUUGGAUAUGAAGCAGUUCAAUAAAGCGUUAGGAUUCAACUAUCAUCAAGGACCAGAAUGGACUUGGGUGCUGGGACCCUUUCUUCGAGCCAAACUUCUUUUCGCAAAAAAAUCUGGAGAAGACGUCGAGGAAACGAGCAAGCAAAUAUAUCAAAUGUUGUCGCGACAUAAAAGAGAACUGUCGACGUCAGCAUGGAAAGGGUUACCUGAACUGACCAAUCAGAAUGGUGCUUAUUGCGGCCACAGUUGUCCUACACAGGCGUGGUCGAUGGCGUGCUUGUUGGAGGUGUUGUAUGAUGUGAAACAUUGACGUUGGAGUGACGAAGUUGUGUUCGACUGUGACGUGACAUUGUUUUAAUCGUAGUGUGUAGUGUUCUUAAGCAAAGUGUAUGAAAACUAAAAGUAAUUUUUUAAUACGUGGAAUUUUACGUCAAUGAAUUGCUAUCAUACACUUCUGCUAAACAGAGCACGAGCUGCUUGAAGUAGCAAAUGUUUUGAUUGACAGAAAUUAAAAUGGCGAAUGUUGAUUUUAAAAUAACUUAAAAUAAUUAUUCAUAGAUAUUCUUACACUAGUGUGGUUUUCAAGCUCGAAAUAACUUUAGCCAUGUAAAUGUAGUAUUGUGAAAGGGGUGAUUAAUUCUUGUUUAUGAAUUGUAUUUCGACUGUUAUUGUGUAGUCUCAUUGUGUAGUGUUUGUGAUUUAAAUUGUCACAGGUGUAUAACUUCAUGGAGAGGUCAAACAAAUUCGUUGCCUCAAACUAAAUCAGUUUGCAAUUUCAACACCAAAAUAGUUGCGAAGGAAGAAGUUGUCAUAUCUGUCGUUUGUUUGUUGUUUUCCCUCCCAAAUAUUUUAUAAUUUCCUUAUUUUCGAUUUAAAAGCGCGCCACAAGCCCCCACCUCCUAAAAUUUGAUAAUCCUCUUUGCUCUCUUUUUCUUGAAAGACUUUUUUUUGUUUGCUAAAAAUAUAUUUACCUUUUUUUGUAUUUGUUUUUACUUUUUAUACAUAAUUUUUUAGUCAAUGCACUGAUUAGAUAUUACGUCAAACCAAAAAUUUAUGUUUUACAUGUAUGUGGAUAUUGCUGUGCACAAUUAAAAAUAAAUCUCGUUUCCAGGA